AUGCCAACCAGAUUAACCAAGACCAGAAAGCACAGAGGAAACGUUUCCGCCGGUAAGGGUAGAGUCGGUAAGCACAGAAAGCACCCCGGUGGUCGUGGUAAGGCCGGUGGUUUGCAACACCACAGAUCCAACAUGGACAAGUUCCACCCUGGUUUCUUCGGUAAGGUCGGUAUGAGAUACUUCCACAAGCAAAGAAACCACUUCUGGAAGCCACAAGUCAACUUGGACAAGUUGUGGUCUUUGGUUGAGGAGGAGAAGAGAGACGAGUACCUCAAGUCCUCUAACGCUUCUGCUGCCCCAGUCAUCGACACCUUGGCCCACGGUUACGGUAAGGUUUUGGGUAAGGGUCAAUUGCCAAACGUCCCAAUCAUUGUCAAGGCCAGAUUUGUCUCCAAGUUGGCUGAGGAGAAGAUUAGAGCCGUUGGUGGUGUUGUUGAAUUGAUUGCUUAA